CGGAAACGCGCCUCUACUUUGCUGAGAAUCCACAGCGGAAUGGACAGCGAGUGGAUACAAGCCAGGCGGCAGUGUUUGGAACAAUCUUGUGACUUUUAUAAGCUCCUGCAGAAUCUGACACGUGUAUCCUACUUCAAUUUACAGGAGUGCCCAGGUCCGCAAUGAGAUCUGUGUUACUUUUCUAUUUAAGCUACUUGCUUUGCCUGUGCCUUGGGAUUGUGUGUGUGGUGUUUGUUUGCUACUGGAACAACACGUGGCGUGGUGGUUUUGCUUGGGAUGGCACAGCUCUACAGUUCAACUGGCACCCUGUCUUGAUGGUGACCGGACUGGUAGUGCUGUACGGAAAUGCUGCAGUUGUGUACCGUAUCCCAUUAACCUGGGGACAGAACAAGCAGCCCUGGAAACUUCUACAUGCUGGCUUGCUGUUCCUUGCCUUUUUCCUGUCUGUCUUGGGGCUGUGUGCUGUGUUCGAUUACCACAAGAAAGGGGGCAUCCCCAACUUGUACUCGCUGCACAGCUGGUUGGGCAUGUGCACCACAGUGCUCUUCACUGCCCAGUGGGUGUUGGGGUCCGGUGCCUUUCUAGUCCCUUGGUCACCAAUGGCCUUCCGUAAGAUACUCAAACCUGUACAUGUAUGGAUGGGCAGCGUAAUAUUUGUCCUGGGCAUUGCAUCUUGCAUCUCUGGCAUCAAUGAGAAGCUCUUCUUUGCACUUAAAGGAAACACCAAUCAGACGCAGCCAUACUCCAAGCUGCCACCAGAGGCUGUGUUUGCUAAUUCACUGGGAAUUCUGAUAGUAGUGUUUGGAUUAGUUGUGCUUAAAAUACUGUCCAAUCCAGAAUGGCAGCGACCAGAGCCAGGGCCUGACGAUGAGAGUUCCAGACCAUUGCUUCGAGAGUAGAGCUGAUUGGACGGCAAAGAAUGUAUUUCUCAUCUUGUCCAGCUUCCCCCCCCCCUUUCUCUGUUUAAAAAAAAAAAAAAAAA